AUGAAUCAAGUUUUUGACAAUCAUGAUCAAUAUAUUGAAUUAAUAAAACAAACAGAUAGAGUAACUGAAGUCGGUCAUACCGAAGAAAUGCUUGUUGCCGAUCAACACUCAUCAUCGCCAUCAAUUAUCGAUGAACAAUUGAGAGAAUUAGACGCAAUCGUUCUAAAUACAAGCAUCAUGGAACCAUCGGCAAGACAAAAUCCUAUCAGACCACAACCACUGCGACCAAAUCCUUCGUUGCAAAGAAGUCAAAGUGUGUCAUUUACAACAUCUAUCAAUGUUAAAAAUCUACUUUCGUAUCAAGAUGUGAUGAAUGCAAUUGAACGCGAAUUUCAUUUACGUACCGGACAAGAACGUGAAAUUAUCAUGAAAUUAUGGUUAAAAGGACAAACGAUGUUUUCAAUUCUACAACGUUUUAGAUAUUUACUGCAAGAUCUGAAUAUAGACGAUACAGACUUUACCGAAGGUUUAAAGAAAAUUCGUGAAUUGAUAAAUUAUGCUCAUCGUGAUGUACAUUAUCUUCGUGAAAAAACGUCUAUGUUUGAAAAUCAAAAUCGUUUUCUUGACGAUGAAUUUCGACGACAAUUGGAUAAAAUUGUUCAACAAAAAAAUGAUCAAAUAAACGGAUUAAUUCGUAUUAUUGAUCAAACAAGUUCACAAUCGACUCAAAUAAAAACUUCUAUUAGUCAUGAAAAUCAGGCAUCAGGUAAAUACAUCUAUGCAGGCACUGUUUGUUAUAAAACAAGUGAAGAAUUAUCGAAAAAAUUUCUUCAACAAAAUGUUGAAUUACAACGUGAAAUUGAGACGUUUCAUGUUAAACUUGAGCACAUAGUUACACUCAUAAAUACAAAACUAGAUCGAGAAAAAACAACAUCAAGGAUAUCUUCUGUAUCUAUGCUUCAAACAGCUUUCGAACAAAUGCAACAAACAGAAAUGAAAUUACUGGAACUAAAAUUGCGCUCAGUAUCACAACAAGAAGAAAAUGAUCUUCUAAAAUAUUUGAUGGAAAAGUCACAAAAUAUAUCAGAUAUUGAACACUCACAAUUAUUCGCUAUUAUUAAACAACGUUCGCUUGAGCGUGAAAUCGAUCUUGUUCGUCAAGAACUUGAAAUAACAGAGAAAAAAACAGUUGAAUUCGAACAAAAAUUUGAACAUUCCGACGAAACAUUUCGAUUUUUUGUCGAAACUUUAAAAUUAAAAUGUGACGUUUUACGUAAACAUAUUGUUACAUGUAGUCAACGAUUAGACGAAAUGAAUCAACUGAAUCUUUUAAAAUUACAACAUGAAAGUCAAAUAAUAAAAAGUAAAGCCCAACAAGAAGAAUCCAGUGCCAAAAAAAGAACAGUGGAAAUCGAAAACGAAUUAUUACAAUUACGUGAACGUUACAACGAAUUAGCUGAACAUUCAAACGCACUUCAAUCCGAAUUAACGAAUACGCGCAAACAAUUAAAUGAAAAAGAAAAGCUUGAAUCAAGUUUAAGUACGGAUUUGGAACAGGAACGUCGACGUGCCGAUGUAAUCGAAAGCGAAUUUAAAUCUUUAAAAGUAAAAUAUGAAGAUGUCUGCGAACGUAUUCGCGCAGCAACACAUCAAUUAGAUCAUGUACAGGUCGCACUUGAACAAACAUCACGUCGCUGCGAACAAUUAGAAAAAGAAAAGUCGGAAAUCAAUGUUCAAUCAGAAUAUCUUACAAAAAAUGUUGUCAAUGUAACAGCGAAGUAUAAGGAUAGACUAAAUACGAUUAAAGCUCGUUUAGAACAAACUGACCGUGAAAAACGUGAACUACUGUUUCGUAACGAACAAUUUCAUAUUGAUAUUGAACGUCUGAAAGACGAAUUAAUGCAUCAAAAAGAAGUUGCAUAUGAAAAAGACAAAAUGAUUCAAGAUACACAAUUUAAAAAUCGAGAAAUUGUUCUUCAACGACAAGCAAUAGAAGAAAGAAUAUCAAAUGAACAUAAAAGAUUGAAUGAACUUAUUGAGAAAAAUUCUCAUCUUGAAGAAGAAUUGGAUCGUUUUCGGCGAAUUCAACUUUCUGAGAAUACAAUUGUUCGACAUGUGGAAGUUUCUCAUGACUCAUUAAAGAAUAUUGAAGAAUUAAAGUCACAAAUCGACGAAUUUGAACAACGUUUUAUAGAAGAAAAAGCUUCUAAAGAAUCACUACAAGUUCAAAUGAAAAUCCUCGAAGAAGAAAAUACUGAUCUUCGAGAUAUUAUGAGUCAAAUGAGAAGACGAUCACAAUAUGGUCGAAAAGAAGAAAAAGAUCGCAAUGACGAGAUUCAUCAGUUAAUUGCACGAGCAGAAUUAAAUGCUCGUCAAUAUAUGACAAAUCUUAAUCUAACCAGUUUCACGUCGCACUCCAACGUAGUGAAGACAGUACCACUAUCUUCAACAGCAAAAGUUUGGUAA